AUGGCCGACGAGCAGACUUUCAUUGCCAUCAAGCCCGAUGGUGUCCAGCGUGGACUCGUUGGUCCCAUCAUCUCUCGCUUCGAGAACCGUGGCUUCAAGCUCGUUGCCAUGAAGCUCACCAGCCCCGGCCAGGAGCUCCUCGAGAAGCACUACGCUGACCUCGCCACCAAGCCCUUCUUCAAGGGUCUCGUUGCUUACAUGCUGAGCGGCCCCAUCUGCGCUAUGGUCUGGGAGGGCAAGGACGCCGUCAAGACCGGCCGUGUCAUCCUGGGUGCCACCAACCCUCUGGCCUCCCCCCCGAACGCCAAGAAGGAGAUUGCCCUCUGGUUCACUCCUUCCGAGGUCCUCAAGUGGAAGUCCGCCCAGGCCGCUUGGGUCUACGAGUAA